CUCGUGCCUCCUUUUUUUCCAAAUUGUCGGUGAUGAUGAUGGAGGAAAGCUCUUUACCCCCGAGGAAUAUGAAGAAUACAAAAGAAAAGUAAUACCAAUUCGGUUAAAGAACAGGUUGUAUGUGAGCUGGAGAUCACCCACGGGCAUGGACUGUAAACUUGUGGGGCCAGAGACCCAGUGCUUUUGUACUCAUCGAUACAAGCAACACAAAACUGACUAUGAAGAGAUUCCGAAGGAUCGUCCCAUUUGCGUGCCCUGCAGGGUCAGCCGCUGUCAGUGCCAGUCCUAUCACUAUGUUCCUCUGAAUGGCACGCAGCCCAUUCGGUGUCGGUGCAAACAUUUUGCUGAUCAGCACAGUGCAGCCCCUGGAUUUUCAUGUAACUCCUGCUCCAAGUGCUCAGGAUUUCAUAGUUGCUUUACCUGUGGAUGUGGGCAGCCAACAUACGCUCAYGAGACAGUAGUGGAAACCAAAGAAGAGCGGUUAGCCCAAGGACGGCCUGUGGGGCAGGAUGUGCCUUACGCUGCUAUGGGAGGCCUCACUGGCUUUAGCUCUCUAGCAGAAGGCUAUAUGAGGCUUGAUGAUAGUGGAAUUGGGGCUCCUUCCACUGAAUUUUUAGAAUCUCCUGUUACUGCCAUGGAUCAUCCCUUUCUCAAAGCGUUUCAAGGACCUUCUACUUCUGCUCAAACCAGCUCAGCAAUAGCAGGUGCUUCUAAUGCUACAACACAARUUUCUCACAAAGGGCGUUCAGAAGAAGAUGACAUGGCUUAUUUUGAGAGACGGUAUCAGGAAAGGCUGAAACAAGAGAAGGCAGCUAAACGGAAAGAGAAAAGUCCAGUGCAAUCAAAGAAGCCAGGAAAGUGAUGAAAAGGUUAUUUAUUUAAAGCACAGUACUGUUUAUCGUUAUAUUCAAGUAUAUUUCUCACUGUGCUUGCUUGCGUACUGUUAUUUUUAUUUCUUCUGCUUAAUAAAUUCUGUAUUCUACAGAAGAGAGAUUUAAGCUCUGAGAGCAUAAGCAUAUAUUUAAGUGUUACAUUUUAAUAGGGCAAGUAAAUAUCAUAUGCCCUGUUAGACUUUCAUGGCACRCUUUCUUUCAGAGUCCUUACUUAUCUUGUUCAUGGAUUUUUACUUGGUGGGGUUUGUUAURUGUAUUUAAAUUGACUUUUCAUGUUUUCUUAAAUCUUUUUUUUUCUGUUAGCUUCAUCUUCUUUGUAUAAAAUUCAAACACACUUCCCUGUGUUUCACUUUUGUAGGUUCUGCUCUUGCCAAUAUAUAAGUAUUUUUUACAUUUGACAUUCUCUAAGCUGGUAGCCUGAUGUCCACACAUACAUACUAGCUAUUUGAAGGGAUUCUAUGCUUUAUCCCGGUCCUCUGUAACAGUACAAUCCUCCACAUCCUGUUUGGCACUGUUCACAGCAGUGAUUUCCUAAUUCUAUUACACUAAACUUUUGAGCACAUUGGUUAGAAAUGGAAACCAUUUAUUUCACAUUAAAAAAAAUAUAUCUUGUUUGAUACAAACUUCUUUACCUGAAGGAUUCUUUUGUAUCAUGUCCAAUCCAAUGCAGACUGUGAAUCACUCAAGAUAUGUUCCACAGCUAUGAAUAUGCACAAAUAUAAGCACCUCCCAUUUUGAGGGACAUGAUAAAGAAGAAUGGUAGUGAAGAGACAAACAUAAACUUUUUUGAAUUUACAUGGUGUUUAUUAUCUGAGAAGCAGCACAGAAAGCCCUUAGCACAGAAUACCUGUCCAAGUCUGCAGUGUGGGUGGAAGUAGGGUGGACAAAAGUGGACUCUGAGUUAACUUUGCUAGAUUUUUUGAAAAUGGACAUGGGGUGUAAGCCAGUUUGCCCUUAAAAAUAUUUGAAGCUAUCUCAUGGAUUCAAAACUUUGCAGGUGGUAUGUGUGUGCUUUGUCUGUAUAGCAAGGGUUGGGAGCAACUUGUGAAAUUUUGCUUCGCAUGAGAGACACUGAUGCCACUGAGAUACCUGCCCCUGCCUGACAGGUAGAGGAAAUGAGGCAGAUUGGGAAGGAAACUCCUGGGGACUGUGAGAGUCACACUGUGACCGAUGGAGGGGGCUGCAGUCGUGGGUGAGAUGGGAAUACAGGCUAAUCCACCCAAAGUAAAAUGGGAAUAAAGGUUCUUUACCUCCCCUUACUAGUUACACCGUUACUAGCAAUGCCCAUCAGAGAGUUAAUCUGUGACCUCAAGUUAAACAUUCAGUAGACAUUUCAGUAUUUAAAAUGUACCUUUCUGAUCAAAAUCUACCAUAUUACAUAAUACUUUAAUAUAAUAAAUAAAAACAUUAAUUUGAGCUCCCUCUACUGUUUUUAACAAGCAAUUGUUACUAUAGAGCCUUGCCUUACUCUCAUAGGUAAAUGGAUAUUUCACAGGACUAUCACAAGAAAACAAGAAGUAAAUAAUAUUUGUAAAUAAAAAUAUAGGAAAAUGAUUUUAUUCCUCAAAGAGAUGAUUGCAAACCAAAUAGGGGAAGCUUUUCC